AUGUUGAAGCGUAGUGAUAAAUGGAAAUCUCAAUACGGAUCUCGAAGCCAUCGAUUAGGAUUUACUUUCGUUGUUGUGAUCUUACUGUUCGGAGCUCUCUUGUUUUGUUUCAGUGGCAAGAGUCAGGUCACAGAACUGGAACUACCGAGAAAUAUUUCGAACAGUGUUGAGCCCGAAUUGCAAGUUCAUCCAACGGUAGAGAUUCAAAACAAGACUCAUUUGAUAUGGAAGAUACCAAAUUCACCAAAGGCGGUUUUGUUUAUUGCUCAUGGUUGUCAAAGGAAAGCUUCUGACUUUUGGGACAGAUCUUCAGAUUGUCCGAAAUGUACUGGUUUACCAGAGGAGAGGCGUCUUGUUCGAUUCGCUCUAACUCGGGAAUUCGCUGUUAUAACUGUAUCUAGUGUUGGAAAAUGCUGGACGUUCGGGAAGGAGAAAUCGGUUGUUGGAAAUGUAAUAAAAUCAUGGGUCGAGAAGCACGAGCUCGAAAGGCUUCCCCUUGUCGCGUUAGGGGCUUCGUCUGGUGGCCACUUUAUCUCUGCUCUUGCAACAGAGAUGAAGUUUAGUAGCAUCGUGCUUAUGAUAGCCGAAGGAGUCUUUGAUCAAAUUAGUAUCACUAAACAGUAUCCGCCGACUCUUUUCGUGCACAUGCCUAAAGAUGUGUAUAGACAACAAAAGAUUAGAGAGUUUUUAGAAGGUCUCAGAAUGAAAGGCAUUGAUGCUGCAGAGAUUGAAUGCUUGGAUUUGCCGCUUUCUUCGGAUUUCUUGGCAGAGAGGAUUCCAGGUCUUGAUCCAGAUGUCUCGGCCAAACUGUUCAAGCUAUUUCAAGACAAGGGGUUUGUUGAUGAGAAGGGAUACAUGAAGCGCGAUGGGCGGAGAACGCCGUGGAAACAAGCUCUUAGUGGCUACAAAAUAUCACUGGAACAGAGUUUGAUUACUCCUGUUGAAGAAGAACUGAAUCUUGCAUAUGCAUAUCAUGAAAUGACGAGUGUGCAGUCUGAACAAAUAUUUAACUGGUUUGAAUCGCAUAUGCGAUGA